AUGAGAGAAGAGGUAUCUUGCACCAACUCGCCUGAAGGAGGGCUGGGGGCCAGCGAAGAGGAGCUGGAGAGAGGAUCAAAAAAGACCAUGCAACCGGGAAAUCGAAAACGUUCCCCUUAUCCUAAAAAGGACAGCCUCGGUCAGGCAGAGGAGAGCAGUACCGGCAGCCCCACCAGCCUGCUGCCGGCAGGGCCCAAACGGCCCAAGAAGAGCCCCUCCACGGUGGUGUCUUUGGCCCCCACCUCACUGGGACCCAGGCCAGAGCCACCCUUUGAGGAACUACACUCUCAGCGGGUCAUUGCCAACGUGCGAGAGCGCCAGCGCACGCAGUCCCUGAACGAUGCCUUCGCCUCUCUGCGCAAAAUCAUCCCCACGCUACCCUCAGACAAACUGAGCAAGAUACAGAUCCUGAAGCUGGCCUCGCGCUACAUCGACUUCCUCUACCAGGUACUGCAGAGCGACGAGAUGGACGCCAAGCUGGCCAGCUGCAACUACCUGGCCCAUGAAAGACUCAGCUACGCCUUCUCUGUGUGGAGGAUGGAGGGGGCCUGGGCCAUUACAGAGUGUCAGGCCACUGCGACCCAUAAGAUGAAUUGACAAAUAGGAAAACUCUCCAAACUCAAAGAAAUCCACUCCCGCCUCACAAGAUUUCCCCACGUUCCCCAUCCCUAACAUAUCUUUUUUUUCUCUGGACAUGUUCUUGACUCGUGACAAGAUAAGCAGCUUUCGGUGUUGCUCCUCGUGGAGAAGUGACAGUCCAGUGAACUGCUGAACACUCUGUGUGAGGGGAAAGAGAAACAAACAGCUGGCCUGCGGUGACAAUGAAACAAUACGGCUGCUGGUACGAGUGCCUUCGGUGACACCGUGAUAACCAUCAUCCACCGGAUCUUUUUUCGUUGGAUGACUCACUGCCUGACAGACAUUUAGACGACUAAUGACAAUGGCACAGUGAUGGUUGGAGGGCAGUCACAGCCAAUGAAUGUUUACAGCUACGAUGCUAAUAAGCUAAUCGCUCUGGCUCUUAAGGCAGGAGGAGGAAGAGCUCACGGAAUCCGACGCAGAUCUUCGACUUUGUGGUGCCGGGUAGCUUCCUAAAUAUUUGGGGAAGGGUUUGAACUGUAUCUGUUUGUGGAUUUGAUAUAUGCACACUGUAUUACUUAAACCCUGCUUAUGCUUUCCUCUGCUUUUGAUGAGAAACCACUGAUCACAGUUCAGUCACUUGUUACUUUUGGGGUCUGCUGGUUCAGUAUUAGUGAGAGAGGCAGGAAGCUGUAAUCUGAACCGCAGCUUCAGAACAUCUUUUCAAACAGGCUCUCUCUGAAUAAUUGAAAUAUAAUGAAGCAGAAAGUUUCUUGGAAAACCUGCCAAAGUGUUGAUGAAGUGAUCACAUGCACAGUAGACUGGAUUAAUUUGGAACAGUGUUUAUAUUACUGUUUGAUCAUGUUUCUUUUAUACUGUUUUUUUUUAACUUCCUUUUAGUUAUUUGUCAUGUUUCAUCUCCUGUGGACAAUAAAAGCUUGUUCAAUGCUGUGUAUGCGCACACUAUCAUCUUAAUCAAAGGAGUGAUGCCCUUCUUUUUUGAGAUAAGAAUCAAAAUGAUAGAGGAAAGAGUAAUGAAUCUCCAAACAAAAUUGUAAAGGAUAAACAAAAAUAACAGACAGAAAUACAUAAAGGA